AUGUUGGGUCCUACGCUGCCUGCAACCUCCGGAGCCAAACUAAAUAGUGAUUCCACUGUGGACAUUGAAAUUGAACGCAGUUUCGAAUAUCAGUUAAAACAAGGGAUGACAAACUGGAACAAUACAGAGAUCACAGAAUUUCUUCUCAUGGGACUCUUUGUAUUGCCACAUUUACAGUAUCUGCUUUUCUCGGGUUUUCUCCUAGCUUACCUGACGGCGUUAUGCAGCAACCUAACUAUCCUCUUGGUGACCUUCGCUGAACCUCUUAUCUACACACCCAUGUAUUUCUUCUUGAGUAACUUGUCCCUUAUUGACUUAGCUCUCACAUCAUCAAUUUUGCCUAAACUCUUACAUAUCUACUUAACAGGUCAUCGAAACAUAACCUAUGUGGCAUGUAUGACACAGGUUGUGUUGUCUGUUAUAUGCGUAGUAUCAGAAUUCUGUCUUUUAGCUGCCAUGGCCCAUGAUCGAGUUAUCGCCAUUUGUCUUCCACUGCGCUACACACAAAUCAUGAAACUUGGGGUUUGCGUCAAACUAGCGAUAACAUUGUGGUUGUUGGGGGUUCUGGAAGCUACAGUCUUUAUGUGUUUGUUGUCUCAGUUUUCCUUCUGUAGGUCAAAUGUCAUUAAUCAUUUUUUCUGUCAUGUUAAACCUCUUCUUCAAAUCUCCUGCAGUGCGACUCAGAGUAUGGAGUCAGCCAUUGCUGUUUCGUCAGCUCUGUUUGGGUUUAUGCCACUCUUAUAUAUUAUAAUAACUUACAUCAUCAUUAUAGCCACUAUCCUGAAAAUAAGAUCUAGUGAAAGCAAGAGAAAGGCCUUCUCCACCUGCUCUUCUCAUCUCACCGUGGUCAUCCUGACGUUUGGACUAGUCCUUGGUAUGUACUUGAGUCCGGAGUCUUCGUUUGCUAUGCUGCAGGACAAAGUGUUUUCUUUACUUUACACUCUGUGCCUUCCCAUAUUCAAUCCCCUUAUCUACAGCUUGCGAAAUAAGGACAUAAAGCAGGCUUUGCAAAAACUAAAAGAAAAUAUUGUGCGAUGA